AUGGGCGCGGUAUUGCUGGGCUGGCUCCCGUGGGCCCUGUACCUGAGCGCCCUGUUCCGCUCGGUUUGCGGCGACGUGGCCGGGGAUGCCGACGCCGGUGUGAGGAGGGCGGUGACGGACUGCCGGCAGCUGCAGCGGGAGGUGGCCGGCGGGGCGGAUCCCGCGGAUGUGGUCGAGCUGGGCGGCCACUUCGCCUGCGGUGCUGGGGAGUGGACGGAGACCGUGAUCCUGGACCGCGACCUGUUGGUGGUCGGGCGGAAUGGGAGCGGGGUGGACUGGGGGGGGCUGGAGGGAGUGUGGGUGGUGGCGCCCGGGGUGGACCUGCGAUUCCGGCGGACAAAUUUUUUGGUGGACCGGUUGGCCGACGAGUUCAGGCCGCCGUUUUUGGCCCUGGAGGAUGGCGCCGCGGUGUCCAUGGCGGGCGUCGUGCUCGGCUCCAGGUGCUGCCUGUCGGCCGCGGAGGCGGAUGGGGACGCUGCGUGUAGCGCGGGCGCGGGUGACAGGCUCAUCGGGCAGGAAAGGGGUGGGGACGCGUGGCGCGUGUGCAGCAGCCUGGUGCGGUGCGGUGCCGCAGACUUCGACAGCCUGAGGGCGAUCGAGGGGGCGGCGACGGACGGCUCGUGCGGAUCGGCGGCCGCAUUGGCGGCGGGGGCGGAGGGCGGGGAGGGCGGGGGCAGCGGUGGGGCGGCGACGGCCACGACGGUCUCGCUGGUCGUGGUGCUGCUGGCGGUGGUCGCCAUCGCCGGCGUCGCGGCCCUGCUGUGGUACCGGCGGCAGAAGGGCAGGCAGGCGCCGGCUGUCGAGUUCAAGAACCAGCCCGCGACGAAAGUGAACGCGUUCCUGUCCGUGCCGUCGUCGCUGUCGUCCUUCUCUGGGUCGCACCAGGGCCUGAUACAGAGCUCGCCGGUGACGGUGCACUCCAUCGACAAGCCCGCGCCGGUGGUUUUGGAGGGGAGCAAGCCGCCGGCCGUGACGUCGAACAUCGACGUGGGCGGCAUACGGCUGUCGAUCCCCAUAGGCAAGGGAGCGUUCGCGACGGUGUACAAGGGGUCCUGGGUGGGCAAGACGGUGGCGGUGAAGAUACUGCAGCACCCGCCGGACCAGAAGACGCUGCCCGCGAAGAGCAUGUUCGAGGCGCAGCUGGGCUUCUCGGUGAUGCACGUGAACCUGGUGCACACGCUGGGGACGCAAACCAAGAAGUGCCAAGACGUGAGCAUGAUCACGCCGCGCAGCAGCCGGCCUUCUUCCACCAGCUUUGACAAGCCGAUGAGCAUGGUGGACGAUUAUCAUGGCCAAAGCAGGGCGUCCAGCGACUGCUUCAGUGACAUGGCAGAUGUCCUCAAAGCGCAAGGGAAAGAAGAAUAUGAGACUUGGAUCGUUAUGGAGUACUGUGAUCAGGGCUCGCUGCAGGGAGCCAUCCAGAGGGGUGCAUUUUUUGACGAUGCUGAGAAGACGCGGCCACGCAUGGUUGAUGUUUUGCUCACUGCACUGGACAUCGCCAAGGGCAUGGAGCACCUCCACUCGUUGUCAAUUGUUCAUGGUGAUUUAAAGCCUCGGAAUGUGCUGUUGAGGACGAAGAAGGGAGAUGUGAGGGGAUACAUCUGCAAAGUGGGGGAUUUCGGAUUCAGCCGGGCCCUCCUUGACACCCAGCUCGAAACGGCAUCGUGUGGGGCAGUGAAUUAUAUGCCACCUGAGCUCCUUGCACAAGGGAUCUUGACCCCUGCAGCCGACGUUUACUCCUUUGGUGUGCUGCUGUGGGAACUGCUGGUUGGGAGCAACCCAUACCCAUCCAAGACACAAAAUGAGAUCCUUGUGCUUGUGACAUCUGGCAGGCGGCCGGCUGUGCCCGCACGCAUUCCAGACCAGUAUGCAGACCUGAUCCAGAGCUGCUGGCACCAGUCUCGUCAAGCCCGGCCGACAUUCACCGAGAUCAGUGCCACCCUGAGGGAUCUGUUGGCCGAUCCAAGUAUGGAGUGGCACCCAUGGCGGCCUCCAACCAGCCAUGGCCGUCCACCAAGGAGUGCAUCGCAGAAUGUCACAGGAUUUUCAUUCGAGAAACCUCGUGCACCCCCUGAUCCAUUGCCGAGCCCUGUUUCUAACUCAGUUGUGAGUCCCCUGGCAAGCCCUCUUGCCAGCCCUCUUGAUACCCCUCUGCAGAGUCGUCUGGAGAGCCCACGUGGCAGUCCACGUGAGAGCCCUCUUGAGAAGAGCCCUCUUGGCAGCCCAGUUGCUGACAGUUCAGUGGCGGACUCAACUGUGGGGCCUCUGCCAAGUCCCCUCCCAAGUCCCAUGGCAAGCUCCGUCUCAAGUUACAUGCCAAGUUUCAAGCCGCCUGUCAACCACUCAGAUUCUUCUGGCCUUCAAACACCUCCACCCUUUCCCAAAGGUCAACCAUCAGAGAUGGACCAUUUGAGUCCUCUGCAGGAUUUCGCUCCCACGCCUCUGGACCCUCAGCCUGGGGCUUCGAUGGCCUGUGUAACAUCGGACAGCAUGAAGAACCUGUUUCUCAAGGAUCUGGAAAUGUCUGCCGGACAAGGUAUGCUACCCCAGUUUGAUGACUUGCUGGCGACUGUGAAGAUCAGCCGGAAACCUCGGAUUCCGACGGGAAAGAAAACUGGUCAGAGCAACGGCAGGGAGCACACCAAAGACGCACGGCCAAGGGCCAUCCCUGAACAUUGGCGCAGAAGGUAG